CCCGACGGCUCAGUCGACAGAGUGCUUGGGAUUUGAGGAGGCGUUCGAGGAGGGAGAGGGUAGACGAAGGGCAGUGGGUAAUAGUGUCAUCGAUGGCGGCAGCGGCGUCGGCGGCGUGGGAGACGCUGACGCAGACAGUGGAGGCGUACACAGGGCUUUCGCCGGCUUCGUUCUUUACGGUGCUGGCUUUGGCAGUGGCGAUCUACUUCACGGUGGCGGGGUUCUUCGACACCCAGCCAGCGGCCCAGCGGGAGCACGUACACGAGCGCAAGGUGGCGGAACGGGAACCCCUCGAGCCGCCAGUGCAGCUCGGGGAGGUCGCCGAAGAAGAGCUCCUUGCCUACGACGGAUCCGACCCCAAGAAACCGCUUCUGAUGGCUAUCAAGGGCCAGAUCUAUGACGUCACUCAGAGCAGGAUGUUUUAUGGACCAGGUGGACCAUAUGCACUCUUUGCCGGUAAAGACGCCAGUAGAGCAUUAGCAAAGAUGUCAUUCGAACCAAAGGAUUUGACUGGUGAUCUCUCUGGUCUUGGUCCCUUUGAGCUCGAGGCCCUCCAGGACUGGGAAUAUAAGUUCAUAAGCAAGUAUGUGAAGGUGGGUACAAUAAAGAAGAACGUGUCUGGGCCACCAAUAGAUGAAGGGCCAUAUGCUAGUGCACCCAAUGCAACAGAACAAGCUGCUCAAGUCACUGAAGGAACUAGCAGUCCAGCUGAUCAUGAAGCACGAACAAAGGACGUUUCUACUGAUCCUGAUGCAACUGAACCGAAGGAAAAUUAAUGGCUCAUUAGGAGAGGGCGAGCACCACGAGCUCUUAGCAUAUGAUGCUUCCUUUUAGUGUUUGGACAUCAGUAGGUUAUUUUGUUCUUGAUGUAAAGUGUCAGCAGCUAAACUGGGAUUAAUUCUCUUGUCAUUGUAACUGUGUUCAUGUCUUCACUGAGGAUCCCUUUUUUUUUGGUAA